AUGGGGAUCUCGUGGUUCGUCUUUUUCACCUGGUGCAUCGCUUACGUUACGAGUUUCGACCUUGGCCCGAUCAUCAGGACUGCUCAGUGCAGAUCGCAGUGUCUCAGGAAGCAUACAGUUGAUGGGAAUUGCGAUUGGUACUCGGGGCAACAGCAGACUACUUGCAGCAUGUGCUGGCAGUACUGCGAGGCCUUCGAGAACCGGUGGGAGAAGACCAGGACCGUUUGCGAGGGCGACCAGUAUCUACAUUGCCCAGCCUGCCAGACAGCCUGCAUCUUCCGUAAGACCCGGGUGGAGGAGAAGUAUUUACCAUCGAUGCUGCCAGCGCCCAAGAAGUCGCCCAUCAACCUGGACAAAUUCGACGUUGCAGUGGUGAUGCGCAAACUGUACAAGCAGUGGAGGGUGGAUGGAUACUAUCCAGGUGACAGAGUGCCAAACUUGAGGCCAGACACCUGGAUCAUCGUCGCCGUGGAGGAUGGAGUGAGACAUUACAGUUGGCAGGAAUGGGUGCCAAAGCUGGACUCACUGAAGAAAGGUCCUCUGUACGAAGCGACGAUCUCCUGGACGGACGUUCAGAAUCAGUUGCAGAAGCAGAGAUCUCUGGAGCAGGUCAGGUUCAACAACCGUGUAAGACAGUUCUUCCUGGAGAAGUAUGGAGAAAAGGUCCUAGCCGAAUGGAGGAGUCAAGAGGACUCUCAAAUUUCUGAAGAAAUAUUCCGGAGAUUCUUCUUCAGGAGAAAGGACGAUCGGGGCGAUGAGUCAUUGUCAGCUGACAAUACUCCAUCUACGAGCAGCGCGUACAACGACAGAGUGGAGAAGGAUCAAUCAGGAAACAAGGAGUCCUAUGUGGUGUCCUGGGAGCCAGAGUCGGGCGGUCUGAUGGGAAACCAAGUGGCCGACUCGAAUUCUGCGCAGAUCUCCUUGCUCCCUGGUACUAAAUACCUGGUCAGAAUCGCCUCGAACGACGGACCUGGAAGUUUUCCCAUUGAAGUGGACACUAGGCCCAGUUCCGUUCAGGCUGAGAAGAUGGCGACCAGUUUACUACCUGAUCUCUACCCCUGGGACAUUUUUGCCGCGUCCGUCUCCGCCGCCGUUUUGGUAGUCGUUGUUGGUAUGUACAAGGUCUGCAGGAAGAGUAAAGACAUCGAGGUGGAGGAAGUUUGA